CCUCCUACCACAUACUUCGUCUAUUAAUACAAUGGAGAAGAUUAAUUUUGGUUAUUCCACCAAAAACAUUCCGAUGCCAUCAGAAACCAAAUACGUGAAAAGAUUCAUUGAACAAACACAACAACUACUUAGACGAAUGCGCUGGAAAGCACAUUUCUUUUUUAACCCAACAGACAGCUCGACAAAAGAAACGUAUGGUUUCAAAUCCAGAAAACCUCCCAAACAAGUGACUGAGCUAAAACCUUUUGAAGACGACAUGCUAACCAUGAUCCAGAACAUCAAGUUUAGACCUGUAAAAUGCAGCUUUCAGAAACAAUUGAACAAUGAUGUCAAGACCUACAUCAAGAAACCAGACACGGUACUUGUCCCUGCGGAUAAAACGACAAAUUUUUACGCAUUGCAAAAAUCCUGUUAUCAAAAGCUCAUCACCGAAAAUGUGACCAAAACAUACAAGAAGUCAACUAAUAAAACUGUCAAACAAAUCAAUAAGAAAGCCGCUAGUAUAUCGAGGAAGCUUAAAUUAGAUGACCGAAUCGAAGUGCUAGCACAGAAAGAAGCCUUUAUAACUUUGAAAGACCAUAACCCCGAAUUCCAAAACCAUCCUACAUGCCGUUUAAUCAACCCCACCAAAUCCGAGAUCGGUGUAAUUAGCAAACACAUCCUCGACGAAAUAAAUGCAGCAAUUAUUAACGCAACACAGAUAAACCAAUGGAAAAACACAUCAAGUCUUUUGAGAUGGUUUAACAACUUGGAAAACAAAAAAUCGCUCUCGUUUAUAUCUUUUGACGUUUGUGACUUCUACCCAUCCAUAACCGAGAAAUUACUGAAUAAAGCAUUAGAUUUCGCCAGCAAAUACCGACACAUCAGUAAGCAAGAACGCGACAUCAUCCUACAUACAAAACAGUCGCUAUUAUUUUGGGAUGGCAAACCAUGGGAGAAGAAAAAUUCAAACAACAAAUUUGAUGUAACCAUGGGAUCAUUCGACGGAGCAGAAACGUGUGAGCUGAUAGGGUGCUAUCUCCUGUCCAUCCUUACAAAAAAGUACGGCCAGAACAUCGGACUUUAUCGAGACGACGGCCUAUCAGCAUUCCAACACACACCACAAGGGAUUGAACGAAUAAAAAAAGAUCUGUGUAAAACCUUUCGCGAGAACGACUUAAAGAUCACAAUCGAAGCUAACGUAACCGUUGUCAAUUUUUUGGAUGUCACGCUCGAUCUAAAAAGUGGCAAACAUUGGCCGUACUCCAAACCAGGAAACGUUCCCUC